GCUCUGCUGUAUUGGUAUCUUGACUACAGGAUAUGUUUGGCUUCACAAGCGGGGGUGGAUGAGAUCAACCACAAGAACUUUGUGGUGAGAAAAGGUCAGAGUCAUUCCAUUACUCAUGCGCUACCCCAGGUCGCUGCAUGCAUAGUCAAGGAUGAUAUUUUCCAUUCAAUCGAUCAUGCUAUUGCCUCGCAAGAAUGAACUGGGUUUUUUUGUUCUCACAUUAUCUGCAGCCCAAUAUGUGCUUCCAUCUGCACACAACAACAGGUCGUCAGUGCCUUUGGAUGCAGAGUAUUCUUGUGCUCAAGACGAUGUAAUUGCCUACGGAGCUCUUGAAGGUCUUGUAGCGAACAAAUAUGCCGUGUUUGUCAGUCAUUUGAUGAACCAGGUUCUUCUCCGCCAACGAGCUCCCUAGUCACUGCCCAGAGUCUCAGACAUAAAGCUGACCCUAACCGGUCGCCUUAGCUGGCGGGUAGUGUGCCCGCCUUUUGCCGUCUGGGUUUGUCGAUCAUCCGUCCAGCUGCGCAAGCUGCUGAUGCACCUUUCCAAAGAGUCCAAAUAUUACUCAAUGAAGUGGUAUUUCUGAGCACAGAGAUAUUUCCAUACGAGUAUGCAGUUUCCCCAUGGACCGGAGGUAGCCCCGAGGGGUUCUUCUGUGGGACAAUGAUUUAGAACCUGCUCUAAUUGAUCACUUUUAUCAUUUCAAAGUUAGC